AUGCGGCCGUCGGCAAUCGGCGCCGAUGCCCCCAUGAUCCGCACCCUGCGCGCGGUGGCUAGGAUGCCAUCCCCCGCCCGGGUCCCCCCGCAGCCCGCUUGGCGACCGGCCGACGCCUCCGAUAUCCGAUGUACGAUAUCCGAUCGCGUCUCCAAGGCAUCGACCUGUGGUGAAGGAGUUUUGAUGCACGGGGGAUCGACGCCGGGCAAUGCGCACAGGGCGAUGGCCAUUUCGUCCGCGGCGGCCAUUUCGUCCGCGGCGGCCGAGCGUGCCGUCGGGGCGGACCCCGAGGGUGCGGCGGAGGACGGAAAGGUGGCGCCGGGGCUUUAUCCGUUCGCGGAGAUCGAGGGGAGGUGGCAGGCGCACUGGAGGGAGCGCAAGACGUUCAGGACACCGGAAGAGGUGGACACGUCCAAGCCCAAGUACUACGUGCUGGACAUGUUCCCGUAUCCCAGUGGUGCAGGCCUCCAUGUGGGGCACCCUGAGGGCUACACAGCCACAGACAUAUUGGCGAGAUACAAGCGUAUGACAGGACACAAUGUGCUACACCCCAUGGGAUGGGAUGCAUUUGGCCUUCCUGCAGAGCAAUAUGCACUUCAGACCAAUACCCACCCUCAAGUGACCACAAAACGGAACAUUGACCGCUUUCGAGAACAGCUUCAGUCCCUUGGAUUUUCAUACGACUGGGACCGAGAGAUUGCCACCACAGAUGCCAACUACUACAGAUGGACACAGUGGAUAUUCUUGAAGCUUCUGGAAAGAGGGCUUGCCUACCAGGCUGAGGUACCAGUGAACUGGUGCCAGGAACUUGGUACAGUCCUUGCCAAUGAAGAGGUGAUUGAUGGCAAGAGUGAACGUGGGGAUCACCCUGUCGUGCGUUUGCCCAUGAAACAGUGGAUGCUGCGGAUCACUGCAUAUGCAGACAGGCUGCUUGAAGACAUGGACGAGUUGGACUGGAGCGAGAGUCUAAAGGAGAUGCAGCGCAAUUGGAUUGGUCGCUCUGAGGGGGCUGACAUUGAAUUCGAACUUCAACCUGGGCCAGGUGCCUCCUUCCAGGGAGGCACCAAGCUGCAAGUGUACACAACAAGACCUGACACUCUGUUUGGUGCAACCUACAUGGUUCUUGCACCUGAGCACCCGCUGGUUGAGAGCCUGUGCUCGGACGAGCACCGGAAACAGGUCAUGUCUUACGCAAGCGCAGCUGUGCAGAAAUCAGAUCUGGAAAGGACGAACUUGGCAAAGAGUAAAACUGGAGUUUUCACUGGCAGCUUUGCCAUCAACCCUGCGACUGGGGCUCCCAUUCCAGUUUGGGUGGCGGACUAUGUGUUGGGCAGCUAUGGGUCAGGUGCCAUCAUGGCCGUCCCAGGUCAUGAUAGUCGUGACUAUGAGUUUGCAUGCCAGUACGACCUGCCGAUUAAACGUGUUGUGGAGGCCUCAGAGGGCGAUGCAGAGCUGCCUAUGUCUGAUAAGGGCAUCAGUGUGAACUCCUCCAACAGUGCCUUCCAAUUGAACAUUGACGGCCUGCCAACAUCUGAGGCCCAGGCGAGAGUGGUUGAAUGGCUGGAGGCCAAGGGAAUCGGCUCCAAGAAGGUUAACUACAAACUACGUGACUGGCUGUUUGCUCGGCAGAGAUAUUGGGGUGAACCCUUUCCAGUGAUCUACCCUGAAGGCUCUGACGAGCCUGUCCCCAUCCCUGAGUCAGACCUCCCCCUGACCCUUCCCGACAUCGAAGACUUUAAACCCAGCGGCACUCCUGACUCCCCCCUCGCGAACGUCACGGACUGGGUCAAUACCACUGAGGCAGCCACAGGCCGGCCGGCACGCAGGGAGACGUCCACCAUGCCCCAGUGGGCAGGCUCCUGCUGGUACUACCUGAGGUUUAUCGACCCGGGGAACGUUGCAGCACUGGUUGACCCAGAGCAGGAGAAGUACUGGAUGCCAGUGGAUAUGUAUGUGGGUGGAACAGAGCAUGCAGUCCUGCAUCUGUUGUAUGCAAGGUUCUGGCACAAGGUGCUGUAUGAUUUAGGGGUGGUCUCAACAAAGGAGCCCUUCAAGAGACUUGUGAGUCAGGGCAUGAUCCUUGGAGAGGUCGAGUACUGGGUGCACAAGGACUCACAAGGAAACUAUGUGGAUGAGGGACAUCCAGAGGCAAAGCCUGUCAGGAUCCCAGAGUCGGAGAUAGAGAAGAAAGGCAGUGCUGCUUUCCUGAAAUCGGACCCCAGCGUGCCAGUGGCUGCCCGAGCCUUCAAGAUGAGCAAGAGCAGGGGAAACGUCGUCAAUCCGGAUGACAUCGUG